AUGAAAACAGACGAUGAUGCAUUUGUUAGGAUAGAUGAAGUGCUUUCCAGCCUUAAAGAAAAGCCAUCAAAAGGCCUCUUAUACGGUCUCAUUUCUUCUAAAUCAUCUCCUCAGAGGGAUGAGGGAAGCAAGUGGUACAUCAGUGAGGAGGAAUGGCCACAUGAUACAUACCCACCAUGGGCUCAUGGUCCUGGCUAUGUUAUCUCUCGAGACAUAGCAAAAUUCAUUGUCAAUGGCCACCAAGAAAGAAAACUCAAGCUCUUUAAAUUAGAAGAUGUUGCCAUGGGCAUAUGGAUUGAACAGUUUGCGAAUGGUGGUAAAGAAAUGCGUUAUAUGAACGACGAGAGGUUUUACAAUGCCGGGUGUGAAUCAAAUUAUGUACUUGCCCAUUAUCAAAGCCCAAGGAUGGUGCUAUGCCUUUGGGAGAAAUUGCAGAAAGAACACCAGCCUGUAUGCUGUGAGUAA